UUUUGCGCCUCUGUUUCCCCCUUCUUCCUCUUCCGCGUCUUCAGCUCAACCUCUCUACAGCGGAAACCCCAGACCAGCCAGCAUUUUGCAGAGCAGUUCUGGGUUCCUGCCUCGUUCUGAGGCGGGCCCAGAGCUCUCGACGCAUUUGCGGAGCCAUUUCAAGCAAGAUGAUAGCUCCAUCCGCCAAAUGGCCAUUUGCAACCAGGCCCUUACUGCUUUUGUCAUUGUUGAUUCUCUUAACGGUGGCAACUCCAUCCUCAUGUCAGAGCAGGGAACCGACAUCUUCAAAAGCUAGCAACAGGGCACCGUUUCCUUGGAAUAAAAUGCGACUUCCAGAGCACAUCAUCCCAGCUCACUACGAUCUCAUGAUUCAUGCAAACCUCACCACUCUGACUUUUGGGGGAACCACACAGAUAGAAAUCACAGCCAGCAAGCCCACCAGUACCAUCAUCCUGCACAGUCACCACCUGCAAAUAUCCAAGGCCACCCUGAGGAAGGGAGGUGGCCAGAGGCAGGCUGAAGAGCUGCUGAGAGUCCUGGAAAACCCACCUCAGGAGCAAAUUGCACUUCUGGCUUCUGAGCCGCUGGUUGUCGGCCUCCCAUACACUAUUGUCAUCGAGUACGCUGGCAAUCUUUCUGAGAGUUUCCAUGGAUUUUAUAAAAGUACCUACAGAACCAAGGAAGGGGAAGUGAGGGUACUUGCAUCAACACAGUUCGAACCGACUGCAGCCAGAAUGGCGUUUCCCUGCUUUGAUGAACCUGCUUUCAAGGCGAGUUUUUUAAUCAAGAUCAGAAGGGAACCAAGACACCUCGCCAUCUCCAAUAUGCCAUUGGUUAAAUCUGUGACUGUGGCUGAAGGACUCCUAGAAGACCACUUUGAUGUCACCGUGAAGAUGAGCACGUACCUGGUGGCCUUCAUUGUUUCGGAUUUUAAGUCUGUCAGCAAGAUGACCAAGAGCGGAGUCAAGGUUUCUGUAUAUGCUGUUCCAGACAAGAUAAAUCAGGCAGAUUAUGCACUGGAUGCUGCGGUGACUCUUCUAGAAUUUUAUGAGGAUUAUUUCAGCAUCCCAUAUCCAUUACCCAAACAAGAUCUCGCUGCGAUUCCUGACUUUCAGUCUGGUGCAAUGGAAAACUGGGGGCUAACAACAUACAGGGAAUCUUCUCUACUGUUUGAUGCUGAGAAGUCUUCCGCCUCAAGUAAGCUCGGCAUCACGAUGGUUGUGUCUCACGAACUCGCCCACCAGUGGUUUGGGAACCUCGUCACUAUGGAAUGGUGGAAUGAUCUUUGGCUAAACGAGGGAUUUGCCAAGUUUAUGGAGUUCGUGUCAGUCAGUGUGACUCAUCCAGAACUGAAAGUUAAAGAUUAUUUCUUUGGUAAGUGUUUCAAUGCAAUGGAAGUGGAUGCAUUAAACUCCUCACACCCUGUGUCCACACCCGUGGAGAAUCCUGCUCAGAUUCGGGAGAUGUUUGAUGAAGUUUCUUAUGACAAGGGAGCUUGUAUUCUGAAUAUGCUAAGGGACUAUCUUGGUGCCGACGCAUUUAAAAGUGGCAUCAUCAAGUAUCUGCAGAAGUAUAGCUAUAAAAACACGAAAAAUGAGGACCUGUGGAAUAGUAUGGCAAGCAUUUGCCCUACAGAUGACACACAACACAUGGAUGGAUUUUGUUCUAGAGAUGAACAUUCGUCUUCAUCUGCACACUGGCUAUGGGAAGGCCUUGAUGUGAAAACCAUGAUGAACACCUGGACGCUGCAGAAGGGUUUUCCACUGAUAACCAUCACCAUGAGAGGCAGGAACGUGCACAUGAAGCAAGAGUACUAUGUGAAGGGCGUGGCCGGUGCCCCCGAAACCGGGUUCCUGUGGCAUAUCCCACUGACAUACAUUACCAGCAAAUCAGACGCAGUCCAGCGCUUUUUGCUGAAGACAAGAACAGAUGUGCUCAUCCUCCCAGAAGAGGUGGAAUGGAUCAAAUUUAAUGUCGGGAUGAAUGGCUAUUACAUUGUGCAUUAUGAGGAUGAUGGAUGGGACUCUCUGACUGGCCUUUUAAAAGGGACACACACGGCAAUCAGCAGUAACGAUCGGGCCAGUCUCAUUAACAAUGCAUUUCAGCUUGUCAGCAUUGGAAAGCUGUCGAUUGAAAAAGCCUUGGAUUUAACCUUGUACCUGAAGCAUGAAACUGAAAUCAUGCCCGUGUUUCAAGGUUUGAAUGAGCUGAUACCGAUGUAUAAGUUAAUGGAGAAGAGAGAUAUGAAUGAAGUGGAAACUCAAUUCAAGGCCUUCCUCAUCAGGCUGCUGAGGGACCUCAUUGACAAGCAGACGUGGACGGACGAGGGCUCCGUCUCCGAGCGAAUGCUGCGGAGUCAGCUGCUCCUCCUCGCCUGCGUGCGCAAGUACCAGCCCUGCGUGCAGAAGGCAGAAGCCUAUUUCAGACAGUGGCAGGAAGCCGAUGGAAACCUGAGCUUGCCCAAAGAUGUGACCUUGGCAGUGUUUGCUGUGGGGGCCCAGACCCUCGAAGGAUGGGAUUUUCUUUAUAGUAAAUACCAGUCAUCAUUGUCCAGUACCGAGAAAAACCAAAUUGAAUUUGCUCUCUGUAUCAGCCAAAAUAAAGAAAAGCUUCAAUGGCUACUAGAUCAAAGUUUUAAGGGAGAUGUAAUAAAAACUCAAGAGUUUCCAGAUAUUCUUAGAGCUAUUGGCAGAAACCCAGUGGGAUAUCCGUUGGCCUGGCAGUUUCUGAGGGAAAACUGGAACAAACUUGUGCAAAAGUUUGAUCUUGGCUCAAAUUCCAUAGCCUACAUGGUAACGGGAACAACAAAUCAGUUCUCAACAAGAGCACGGCUUGAAGAGGUAAAAGAAUUCUUCAGCUCUUUGAAGGAAAAUGGGUCUCAGCUCCGUUGUGUUCAGCAAACCAUCGAAACCAUCGAGGAAAACAUACGCUGGAUGGACAAGAAUUUUGAUAAGAUCAAAGCGUGGCUGCAAAGUGAGAAGCUUAACCUGCUGUAACGUUCGGCUCUUGGCCGGUUCCUGUGAUGUGUAAUCUCCAAACUUUUGUUGAAUGUGAAUAUUUUCAAAGUGGAGAUGGGCCAGCUUGGGACCCACUGAAGAUGCCUCUCGCCCCUUCAAUUCAUUUCACCCCUUCCUUCUCGUGAAGACCGGUUGCUUCACGUUUUCCUCAGGGAGUUGCUGCCACUACGUGUUCCAUUAUAGGUGUGACCCCGAAAUGUACACCCAGGUGGGGGAUUCCCUACUGUGGAGAAGUUCCUGAUUCUUCUUAUAUUGUAUACUGAAGCCCCGUGGUCUACACACCCCUGCUCCCCACGCGUCUGUCAUUCAUAUGCUGCUGCGUCAGUCUCCUGGGAAGGCUCUCAACAGUGAUGACGACUGAACCAUGAACCCCUGGGGUGCUGACUGAACCAUGAAUCCCCCCUUUCCAUCCCACCUUUCUCCCACUUGCCGCUUGCCCAGGGGCUGACCUGUCCGGCCACAUCAUGAGGCUUCCCCGUCGUCCUCCAGCUUCGGCUGAACUCCCAGGAGGGCAGAUCAGAGCUGGGGUUGGGGAGAGAGCAGGUGAGGGUCUUUAUUCCCCUGGCUUCCUUGCAGGUAGCCUCAGGCUGGCCUCCAGCAGAAGGGCUCGGCUCCAGGGCGGUGGCCCUCUUUCCCGCCAGCCUUCUGCAUCUCUGGGCUAGUGAGAUGCUUCCUCCUCUCAACUCUGCAGGGGGAAGCGGAAGCCUGGCUUUCGUUAGUCCUGUCUGGACUCGUGGUUUUCAUACAGCCUGCUCAUAUUCUUGUUUAAAAACAAAACAAAACCCCCACAAACACCUUCCGUAGAGCCCUCCUGAGAUAAUCCUAAUUAGAGGGUGCCAUCUAUUUCCUCAAGGCUACUGACCAGCAGUGGCCCUCCUGAAAGAGCAGACAGCUUUCAA